AUGGUAACGACGCUCGGCCUGAAGAUGGCGGCCGAGACGGGUGGAAGAGCGAGCUCCUCGGCUUCAGGCCGGAGCCCGAGCCGGUGGCAGUGGAGCGGUUCUUUAUGGGUCCGAGGCGUUUUACUCCUGUUGGGCGGGCUCCGGGCAAGCGCUACAUCUAUUCCUGUCUCCUUGGGCAGUUCUCCUCCCUGCCGGCACCACGUCCCCUCUGAGUCUGAGGUCAUAAAUAAGGUCCAUCUUAAGGCAAAUCAUGUUGUAAAGAGAGAUGUUAAUGAACAUUUAAGAAUCAAGACUGUCUACGAUAAAAGUAUUGAAGAGUUGCUCCCUGAGAAAAGACACCUUGUAAAGACCAAACUUUUUCCACAAGCUGUUUCUUAUUUAGAGAAGACUUUUCAGGUUCGUAGACCUGCGGGCACCAUAUUACUUAGUAGACAAUGUGCAACAAACCAAUACCAAUACCUACGGAAGGAAAAUGAUCACCAUAGAUGCUGUACUGAGGAAUGUGCAGAGCAUACAAAAUGUGGCCCCGUUAUAGUGCCUGAGGAGCACCUCCAGCAAUGCAGAGUCUGCUGUGGGGGUAAGUGGCCCUGUGGAGCAGUGGGUGUGCCAGACCAAGAGGGAGUCCGGGAUGCAGACUUUGUUCUUUAUGUUGGUGCUCUGGCCACUGAGAGGUGCAGCCAUGAAAACAUCAUCUCUUAUGCAGCCUAUUGUCAGCAGGAAGCAAAAAUGGACAGGCCAAUUGCAGGAUAUGCUAACCUGUGUCCAAAUAUGAUCUCUACCCAGCCUCAGGAGUUUGUUGGGAUGCUGUCCACAGUGAAACAUGAGAUUAUUCAUGCCCUGGGUUUCUCUGCUGGGCUAUUUGCAUUCUACCGUGAUAAAGAUGGAAAUCCUCUAACUUCAAGAUUUGCAGAUGGUCUCCCACCUUUUAACUAUAGUCUUGGAUUAUAUCAAUGGAGUGAUAAAGUAGUUCGAAAAGUGGAGAGAUUAUGGGAUAUUCGAGAUAAUAAGAGAGUUCCUCACACCGUGUAUCUUCUAGUAACACCUCGUGUUGUUGAUGAAGCACGAAACACUUUUAACUGUCCAAUUCUGGAGGGAAUGGAACUUGAAAAUCAAGGUGGUAUGGGCACUGAGCUCAACCAUUGGGAAAAGCGAUUAUUAGAGAAUGAAGCAAUGACUGGUUCUCACACCCAGAACCGAGUCCUCUCUCGAAUCACUCUGGCGUUAAUGGAGGACACUGGCUGGUAUAAAGCUAAUUACAGCAUGGCUGAGAAGUUAGACUGGGGCCGAGGAAUGGGCUGUGACUUUGUCAGGAGGAGCUGUAUCUGGAUUGAUCAGCAGAGACAAAUAGAUUUCGUGUGA